AUGUCCUCCAGCUUCAUAUUCCGCCAAAGCACACUCCAGUCGAGAUAUUUAGAGGUCUCCUGUUUUCAAUUCUGUUCUUCCCAAUCAGUUCACCAGACCAAUCAAUCAAUCAAGCAAUUCAAAAUAAGCACCAACUCAAAAGACUUUGUCUCACGACAACAAUCACCACAUCAAAAACCACACACAAACACAACCAACAUGACUCAAUCCAAGGCCGACAAGAUCGAAGAGGUCCGCCAGAACCUCCCCCUCCCGCAAAUGCCCCCCAAGGCCUCCGACUGGCAGUCCGCCGACGCUAGCAAGACCAACGUCGGCAGUGGUCGUUUUUCGAGCGAUGUUUCAACCGGUCUCGGUUCCACAGCUGGACUGAGGGAGCCUGCGACCAAGGCUUCGGAGGAUAUUGAUAUGAGCGGAAUUGGUCGUCAGGGCAAGGAUGGUCUGAGUGAGCCUCCCAAGGAUGCUCGGUCAAAGUAA